AUCUUCACAGGUUCAGUCUUAGAUCACAGGCUGGUGAGCAAUGCACGGAGCAGACUUGUAACCAAUUUACAUCAUCUUCAGUAUGAAGAUAACCACAGUGCUUCUGACCCUGGCUCUUUGCCUCUUACAAGAUGCUAAUGGUGACGAUGAAAAUCAGGAAACAUGCAGUGAAUUUCAGACAUUGAUGAAAAAUGGAAAAUUGUUCUGUUCCCAAGAGAAAAAUGUCUUUCAAAGCACUGAUGAAAAAGUGUUUAUCAACAAAUGUGUCUCGUGCAAAAUGAUAUUAGAAAAAGAAGCAAAAUCUCAGAAAAAGGCCAAGAUUUUGGCAAGAGACACUGCCCCAGCAAAGUUGAAUUGUGAUGACUUCAGGAAAGGAGAGAGAGAUGGCAAUUUUAUCUGUACCCUUGAUCAUGCAGCUGUUUGUGGCACAGAUGGCAAAACAUACAGUAACAGAUGUACAUUGUGUGCUGAGAACCUUAAAUCCAGGUCCCAAAUUGAAGUGAAAAGUGAAGGGGAGUGCAAGACCCAUAAUACAGAACAGGAUGUGUGUCGAGAUUUUCGGCCCUAUGUGAGAGAUGGGAAACUUGGAUGUACAAGAGAAAAUGACCCAGUUCUUGGCCCUGAUGGGAGGACACAUGGCAAUAAGUGUGCAAUGUGUGCUGAGCUGUUCUUAAAAGAAGCCCAAGAAAAUUCUAAGAGAGAAAGUGGAACCAGAGUCCAACGAAGUACUGAGAAGGAUCUUUGCAAGGAGUUUGAAAGCCAAGUGAGGAAUGGGAGACUUUAUUGUACACGGGAGAGCGACCCCAUCCGUGGCCCUGAUGGCCGAAUACAUGGCAACAAAUGUGCUCUGUGCGCUCAGAUUUUCAAACAGCGUUUUAUAAGAGAAAAGAGUAAAGCAGAUGAAAAUCUGAGAAGAACUAAAGUUCAAAGAGAAAUGCAGAAACUCUGCAGUGACUAUAAGGAUCAAAUAAAGGAUGGCAUACUUUUCUGUACCAGAGAAAAUGAGCCUGUUCGUGGACCAGAUGGAAAAAUGCAUGGCAACUUGUGUUCCAUGUGUCAAGCCUUUUUGCUCAGUGCUCAGGAUAUGAGUAAACAACAAGAAAAAGCAAAAGCAAAGUUGAAAAGAGAAGCAGCAGAGGAACUCUGCAGUGAAUUUCGGAGCCAAGUGAGGAAUGGAAUGCUCAUAUGCACCAGGGAGAAUGACCCUGUCCGUGGCCCCGAUGGCAAAAUGCAUGGAAACAAGUGUUCCAUGUGUGCCAGUGUGUUAAAACUUGAAGAAGAAGAAAAGAAAAAUAAUAACAAGGUAGAAAAAGAGAAAGCAGAAGCUGCGAAAGUUAAGAGAGAAGCUGUGCAGGAGCUUUGUAGUGAAUACCGCAAAUAUGUGAGGAAUGGCCGACUUCCCUGUACCAGAGAGAAUGACCCCAUCAGGGGCCCAGAUGGAAAAAUGCAUGGCAAUACCUGUUCCAUGUGUGAAGCCUUCUUCCAGCAAGAAGAAAGAGAAAAAAAAGAGGCUGAAUCCGGAGCAAAAGCUAAAAGAGAAGCUGAAAAGGACACAUGCAAUGAGUUUCGGAGCCUUUUGCAAAACGGGAAUCUUUUCUGCACACGAGAAAAUGACCCUGUACGUGGUCCAGAUGGCAAGACUCAUGGCAACAAGUGUGCCAUGUGCAAAGCAGUCUUCCAGAAAGAAGAUGAAGAAAGAAAGAGAAAAGAAGCGGAUAGUCAGAGAAAUACUGGAGCGCAUGGUUCCAGUGGUAGUGGAGGAGGGAAAGCUCAGGAUCAAUGUGCUGAGUUUCGGGACCAUAUGGACAAUGGAAAACUCAGCUGUACUAAGGAGAGUGAUCCUGUACGUGAUGCAGAUGGAAAAUCCUACAGCAAUAAGUGCACUAUGUGCAAAGACAUUCUACAAAGAGAAGCAGAGGAAAAAGAAAAACAUUCUGGCAAUAGAUCAAAUGGGACCUCAUCAGGAAAGGAUGAAUGUGAUGAGUUUAGAAGUCACAUGAAAAAUGGUCAACUUAUCUGCACCCGAGAAAGUGACCCUGUCCGAGGACCAAAUGGGAAAACACAUGGCAAUAAAUGUGCUAUGUGUAAGGAAAGAUUGGAAAGAGAAGCAGCUGAAAAAAAGAAGAAAGAGGAUGAAUCAAGAAUCACAGGAAACAAGAGCAAUGAUCAAUGUCAUGAAUUUCGGAGCCAGGUGAGAGACGGGAAGCUUAUCUGCACCCGAGAAAAUAACCCUGUUCGAGGCCCAGAUGGCAAGACUCACGUGAACAAAUGUGCCAUGUGUCAAAGCAUCUUUGAGCGAGAAGCCAAUGAAAGAAAAAAGGAUGACCUAGAAAAAUCAAGUUCCACAUCAGCAAAUGAUGACCAGUGCAGGGAGGCUUCAAAUCAGGCGGAGAGUGGGAAGUUUAGACAGCCUGGGCGUUCCUUGGCCUCUGUUGCCAGCAUCAGUCCAGACGAGUGCAGUAACUUCCAGGCUUAUAGGAAGAAUGAGGAACUCCUGUGUACCCGAGAGAAUGACCCCGUCCGCGGCACUGAUGGGAAGUUGUACAAGAACAAGUGCUACAUGUGCAGAUCUAUCUUUCAAAAAGCUAAAGAAAAGUCAUCCUACAGUAGAUCUUCUGAAGAGGAAUACAGCUCAAAUUCUCCUGUGUCUUCCCUGGAUUCGGAUAUGUGCAAACAAUAUCGAAUAAUGCCCAAGAUGGGUUACCUUUGCCCAAAGAAUUUACAUCCUGUAUGUGGUGACGACGGCCAGACGUACAACAAUCCCUGCAUGCUCUGUCAUGAAAACCUGAUACACCAGACUAAUACACACAUACGCAGCGAAGGGCGGUGUGAGGACAGUAACAUUCGCAAGACAGCACCUCUUAGUGUGUCAGCAUCUGACUAAUGAUGCAAGAAUUGGUGAAAUCCAUCAAGGAAAAUGUAUGCCUAGCCUCACCAUAUGACUAUAGAAUUCUUCAGAACCCACCUUAUUUACUAUAGAAAAUAAUAACAGUGCUGUCGGGGGAAUGGACUUACUGACUUUUGGUCUUUUCCAUCUCUUUUCCAUCUAGAAUCUGUGAUCUGAAGCUCAGAGAUACACAUCUAAACCCGAUCUAUGCUCUGGAAAUCUCCUAGUUACAAUGUUUUUUGCUCAACUGCUUGUUCAAUAAAAGUAAACCCAGCAGAACACCA